AAUCUUAUAAAAUACUUGAGAUUUUGGACCAAAAGACCAAGAAAUACAAAUGCCGGACUAAUGUUGUUGGUUGUUAAAUAGAUCAGGGCAUACUUUAUGUAAUUUAGUAUUAUCUCAUAUACACGCUAACCGGUGGUAAUAAUCUUAUCUUCACCCAAAAAAAUGGUAGCAACAGUGGGUAAAGUUUUGAUCGCCUUGGCUGUAACAAUAAUCGUGAGCUUGGGAUGGAAAGUACUAUAUUGGGUCUGGUUGAAGCCAAAGAAGCUAGAGAAGUUGUUGAGAAGACAAGGAUAUAAAGGUAAUUCAUACAAGUUGCUGAUUGGUGACAUCGUAGAGCUUGCAACAAUGGUGAAGGAAGCUAGAUCAAAGUCUAUUCAUCCCAUCUCCCAUGAUAUUUCUUCACAUGUCAUGCCUUUUGAUCACCAUGUCUUCAACAAAUACGGUAAAAAGUCAUAUAUAUGGUUCGGGCCAAACCCGAGGAUUUUUAUCAUGGAUCCAGAACUGAUCAAGGAGAUAUUAUCAAGACCCGACGAGUUUCAGAAGCCGCAUCCUGAGGCAUUUCGGGAUAGCAUCGUUGGUGGACUUGUAAUCUCUGAAGGUCAUAAAUGGGAAACUCAUCGUCAAAUAAUCAGUCCAGCUUUUAAUGUUGAAAGUAUGAAGAGUAUGUUCACAGCAAUUUGUUCGAGCUGUAGUGAAAUGAUCAAGAAAUGGGAGCUGCUCACUGCGUCAACUGGUGUGGUGGACGUUGAUGUUUGGCCCUACAUCGAUGACUUUGCUGGAGAUGUCAUUUCAAGAACAGCAUUCAGCAGCAGUUUCGAGGAUGGAAAGAAGAUAUUUCAAAUCCAAAAGGAGCAAAUGGAUCUUGCUAUCCAACUGUUGUUCAUACUUUAUCUUCCUGGAGCAAGAUUUAUACCUACAAGAGCAAACAAGAAGUUCAACGAAAAUCGCAAGAAGCUUCAAGCUCUAUUGAGGGGUAUAAUACACAAGAGGAAGGAAGUAACCGAGAUGGGAGAAAGUUGCUACGAUGACUUACUUGGAAUUUUGCUGGAAUCGAAUUCCAAAAAAAUCAAAGAAGGGGGAGUUGGAAUGAGUAUCGAAGAUGUGAUCGAAGAAUGCAAGCUAUUUUACAUUGCUGGAUCCGAAACAACCUCAAAUUUGAUAGUCUGGACCAUGGUUUGUUUGAGUUUGCAUCAAGAAUGGCAAAUUGAAGCUCGACAAGAGAUUUUACAAGUCUUUGGUACAGGAGAGCUGCAUUUCGAAGGCCUAAAGCAUCUCAAAGUUGUAACCAUGAUACUAAACGAGGUUCUUAGGCUAUACCCACCUGCAGUCAUGGUGAUACGAGCUACUGUGAAGGAGACGAAGCUAGGAGACAUGAUGAUACCUUCGGGUGUGCACAUAACGAUACCUAUAAUCCAUGUUCAUCAUGAUCGUGAAAUAUGGGGAGAAGAUGCAACCGAGUUCAAACCCCAAAGGUUCUUAGAAGGAGUAUUGAAUGCGACCAAAGGAAGAGGAUCGGGUUCUUUUUUGCCAUUUACUGGUGGUCCUCGGAUUUGCAUAGGGCAAAACUUUGCCAUGAUUGAAGCAAAAGUAGCCAUAGCAAAACUUCUUCAAGGUUUUUCCUUCAAGCUUUCUUCAUCUUAUAUACAUUCUCCAUUUUGUGUGUUCACUAUUCCACCCCAGUUUGGAGCUCAUUUAAUUUUACAGAAAAUAUAAGUAGACUUUCUUUUAAACCGUUAGGUACAAAUGCAUCUAUAUAUGUAUGAUUGUAUAGGUAAAUUGAAAAGAAAAACUAUGUAAUCUUCAGUGUAUUCCAAUGCUAGUAAGACAACCCACAAUGUUUUGUAACCAACUUCUUGGUUAUCUUUGUAUCUGGAUCAGUUGUUAAUUAUGAAGAAAUUUUAUGAA